CGUCCCACGCCUCUGCCCUCUUUUUUUUCUGUGAGCUUUUGUCCGUAACUUCACUGGGCGCUGUUUUGGGGUGUUUAUCUAUUUUCUGUCCUCCUUGUCCUUUUCUGUGCUGCUUCCUUUCACCCUGUUGUAUCCCAGCAAUCUCCAUAGCCCUAGUGACACUCAGGUCUAGGAGCUUUUUGAUUGUACUUAGAGACAUUCCCUAGUGCCCCCAUUGCCAUCGUGGCUGGGGAAUGUUUGCCACAGUUCGUCUUUGUCAACUUCUCUACGAUUCUCUUGCUCUCAAGGACCGUGCGCCAGGCUUCCUCUUGUUGCCACCUACUGUUGUGGCCUUACCAGAGGAGGUGCCCCCUGUAACCUUCUGUUUGUGUAUUGUCUCUAUCCAGAUGACUAGUCCUGCGGUUUGUGUUGUUUCAAACAACCAACUCAGUUGUUUCCCAGUAAUUUUGCCACUGCAAGCUGUGUCCUGAUUGGGGAUCCUUUCCCCAUCCUUCUUGUUUCCUCCUGAAGUUCUAUUCCAGCACUUUCAUUAUCCCUGUGACCUUUCUCCUUCCAGUUUUCUUCUUCCCAGUAACCAUUUUCUUCAUGUUUUUUGCCCUUCUGAUCUUCCUUUCCUGUUAUUAAAACUUUCCUUGUGAUCUGACCUAAUACUCUUUUCUUUGCACAUACUCCUUUCCUUUGUAGAUUCAUAUGCUCUCUCCCCUACUUUGUAUUUAAAUCCUCUAGCUAUGCUUUUGAGGGGAAAGGAAUUUUACCCUAGGUUAUCUGAAUACUUGUGUUCUGGUUUCAGCUGGCAUAGAGUUAAACACUGAAAGGGCAGAGAUGACUUACUUGUUUUAUCUUAUUUUGGUUUGAUUUUUUUAUUGACUUCCUCAGCAACCUUUCCCUUGGUAUGUGUGUUCAUAUAUAAUCAUAUACCUUAGCCUUAAUACAGGCAUAUGCCCUGAUGCUACUCAGGGAGAAAAAAACUCUGUAUUGAAAAAACUUUUGGCUAGGCUGGGAGGAAUGGUCCACAGGGGCCAGAAAUAUACCUAGUGGCUACAUAGCUUGAAUUAGGCCAAAUAAUGUUUGUGAUACCAUAUUGUGAAUUGGUACUUAGUUCAUAUGGAGUGUAUUUGGGAUGUCUUCUCUUUUGGCAAGUAGUAGAAUACUAUGCAGAUACCACAAUGCAUAGUUUUUACUCGCAGUGAACUGCUGUAAUCUUGUGUGUUGAUAAUUAGGUGUUCGUGUGGCAUCAGCAUUUUGUGUUUCUGAUGAUGACUUGACUAGAAAGAAGUCUUUUCUGUCUGCUUUGUAACUUCUUGUUUUCAGUAUUUGUUGUCCAACUUCUUAUUUUGUGUUGUCUUGCUUUGGUUCUUCAGGUUGGUUACAUUUCACCUCAUGACCACAUAUUUGAAGUGCAGUUUAAACACUGGACACACUUGCCCUGUGGAGGCAUGGUGAAUACAUUUGAUCUCAGGAGUAAUCUGUACACCUAACUCUAGAAUCCCAGUACAGUGCCUUGCAUUAACAGCGUCUCUGGAGGAAACUUUCCGUUGCUUAUCCAGGGAUCAUGUAGAAGACAGUCUUACUUUAGGCACCUAAAUUAGGCGUGUGCGUUCUCCUCCUUGGCUGACAAAAUUGUGGUGGUUUAACAAAAUGAUUUUUCUUCCUUACUCCUUUGUACACUAGUUUGAACUGGCCUUAAAACUUAGGUCUGUUACUCAAACCGUUGGCAUGAGAAAAUUGCAUUGCUUUAAUUUAAAUAACCUAAUUUAAUUUAAGUUAAAUGGAUGCACACCCUUAUUUCGAUACUGCUUUGGAGGUUCCUCUUUUUUGAUUUAGCUUAUUUGUAGUCUUGGUGCAAGUUCUUGGAUUCUAGGUGUGUUAUUAUGAAAACAAUACUGAGUCCUUAGAGAAAGUUCUCAGAUAUCCAGCUUAAAAAGUGUUAUCCUACAACUUGCAUGCUAAGAUUUCAGAGUACUGCUUUUCAUAUGUUGUGUUUAUUAGGUAGUGCCUAAUUUUGUGUAGUUACAAGUAUUUCAGUAGAGCCUAACUUAAUGAUGAGUCAUAUCCCAGGUGCCAGUGGUUGCAUGAAUUGGGAAUACCUGGAAUCUUCUUUCUUGCCACGGAAGUUUGAUUUUUUUUUUUAAAAUAAACUAAUCACAAGCCCCACAAAAUUCUAGUGAAUGAAACAGCCUUUAAGGGUAUUCCACUUGCACUUACACCACUCUCAACAUCAAAUAUUUGUAUUAUGAACAUGAAGUGAGGGAUUUCCUGGUAAGAGGUCGGUGUGUUACCAUCUCUGCUGUUGUGCUUCCCAUGCUGUUUCUGUGCAUCAGAAAUAAAACAGGGCAGAUGUCCCACUUGGAUAGCAGCCUGCAGGUUGAUACAGUCUUCCUGCUGCACAGACCUGGAAGAAAGAAUGGAAAACUUGGCCUUGGAAGUUCUGCAUGCUUUAGGAAUGAAUGAUCUCAUUUUAAACAGAAUACUUGGGUGCUAGCAUGUUUUUUCGGUAAGAGUACUCUUGCACAAUCGAGCUCUUGCACUAAUAGAAAUAUUUAGUUUACUGUAUUUUUCAACCUUAUCUCCAUGUAAAGAAGCAGUUGUUGGAACCAGCAUUUUGAGGUCUGGUUGCAGAUUAUAAUCUAUACAGCAUGCAAACUUAAAACUAUGAUUUUUUUUGUUGUUUGUUAUGGAGACCACUGAGUUUCCCUUGCUUGAUAAAGGAGAAUGUUCAGUAAGAAAGUAUAAUGACUGGAAAAUUAUAGAGACAUGUUGAGCUCGUCUACAUGAGUAACUUACUGUUUCAUUGUAAGAGUUGCAGUUUUUCAGUAGAACCACUACUAGAACAAGAACAGAUUGACUGUUCAUGUUUCUAUAGCACUGCAGUCCAGAUCUGUGACAGACAUGACUAAAUAACUUGGUAAAAAAAUUGCUCUGUGCUGAUGUGCCGUGCUAUAGUGCUGUAGCUUGUAGCCUUUAAUGUAACCACAGAUUUAAACGCUCAUUGCAUUAUCCCAGCUCUAGAAAGAGUACUGCUUUAGAUGAUCUGUGUCUCAGUGGGUACUUCUCUGUCAGUUUUCUCUUCACCCACAGAACCUCUGAUUGAACAAGAGAGAACCUCUUCCUGUUGCUGCCUUACCUCUUCUUAUAAAUGAUGCAAGUAAAAAUCAAAUGUUAUCUUCCUGGGAAACAUUUUUUGUGCGUAAAGAAUAUCUUGCUGAGUUGCUGCAACUGAGUUUGGAAUGUUACUUGACUUGUGAUUCUGAUGGAGGAAUAACGAGAGCUCAGGCUGUUGCACUGGAAGAUUUUACAGGAAAUACAAAAUGUCAUCGAAUAGGAGUCAGAACCCACAUGGACUUAAACAGAUUGGUCUCGACCAGAUAUGGGAUGACCUAAGAGCUGGAAUUCAACAGGUUUACACCCGACAAAGUAUGGCAAAAUCCAGAUACAUGGAACUCUACACUCAUGUUUAUAACUACUGUACCAGUGUACACCAGUCUAAUCAAGCACGGGGAGCUGGAGUACCUCCUUCUAAAUCAAAAAAGGGCCAGACACCUGGAGGUGCUCAGUUUGUUGGCUUGGAAUUGUACAAACGGCUAAAAGAAUUCCUGAAGAACUACUUGACAAAUCUCCUUAAGGAUGGUGAAGAUUUGAUGGAUGAGAGUGUGCUGAAAUUCUACACUCAACAGUGGGAAGAUUAUAGGUUUUCAAGCAAAGUAUUGAAUGGGAUAUGUGCCUACCUCAAUCGACAUUGGGUUCGUCGUGAGUGUGAUGAAGGUCGUAAAGGAAUAUAUGAAAUUUAUUCACUUGCCUUGGUGACCUGGAGAGACUGCUUAUUCAGACCAUUAAAUAAGCAGGUAACAAAUGCAGUGUUGAAAUUGAUUGAAAAGGAAAGAAAUGGUGAAACUAUCAAUACAAGGCUGAUCAGUGGAGUUGUACAAUCCUAUGUGGAGCUGGGGCUGAAUGAAGAUGAUGCAUUUGCAAAAGGACCGACACUAACUGUCUAUAAAGAAUCUUUUGAAUCUCAGUUUCUUGCUGACACAGAGCGAUUUUAUACACGAGAAAGUACUGAAUUCUUGCAACAGAACCCAGUCACAGAGUACAUGAAGAAGGCUGAAGCUCGCCUUCUUGAGGAGCAGCGUAGAGUUCAGGUGUAUCUCCAUGAGAGUACACAAGAUGAGUUAGCACGAAAGUGUGAGCAAGUACUUAUUGAAAAACACCUGGAGAUAUUUCAUACAGAGUUUCAGAAUUUGUUGGAUGCUGACAAAAAUGAAGACUUGGGUCGCAUGUAUAACCUUGUAUCUCGAAUCCAGGAUGGCCUUGGAGAGCUGAAAAAACUUUUGGAAACCCACAUUCAUAAUCAGGGUCUAGCUGCAAUUGAGAAAUGUGGAGAAGCUGCACUAAAUGAUCCAAAAAUGUAUGUUCAGACAGUGUUGGAUGUCCAUAAGAAAUACAAUGCUUUAGUCAUGUCUGCAUUCAACAAUGAUGCUGGCUUCGUGGCAGCACUAGACAAAGCUUGUGGUCGAUUUAUAAAUAAUAAUGCAGUGACCAAAAUGGCUCAAUCAUCCAGUAAAUCCCCAGAGCUACUGGCACGAUACUGUGACUCUUUACUAAAGAAAAGCUCAAAGAAUCCAGAAGAAGCAGAAUUGGAAGAUACACUCAAUCAAGUGAUGGUUGUCUUCAAGUACAUUGAGGAUAAAGAUGUGUUUCAAAAAUUCUAUGCUAAAAUGCUGGCAAAGAGACUUGUGCAUCAAAACAGUGCUAGUGAUGAUGCUGAGGCAAGCAUGAUUUCCAAAUUAAAACAAGCUUGUGGUUUUGAGUAUACCUCCAAGCUGCAGCGGAUGUUCCAAGAUAUUGGUGUAAGCAAGGAUUUGAAUGAGCAAUUUAAAAAGCACCUGACCAAUUCAGAACCAUUAGAUUUGGAUUUCAGCAUCCAAGUGCUGAGUUCUGGAUCAUGGCCGUUUCAGCAGUCCUGCACGUUUGCUCUGCCGUCUGAGUUAGAACGGAGCUAUCAGAGAUUUACUGCAUUUUAUGCCAGUCGUCACAGUGGAAGAAAAUUAACAUGGUUGUAUCAGCUGUCCAAAGGGGAAUUGGUUACCAACUGUUUCAAAAACAGAUAUACAUUACAGGCAUCCACAUUCCAGAUGGCGAUUUUACUGCAGUACAACACAGAAGAUGCCUACACUGUGCAGCAGCUGACAGACAGUACUCAAAUAAAAAUGGAUAUCUUGGCACAAGUUCUACAGAUACUGUUGAAAUCAAAACUGCUUGUUUUGGAAGAUGAAAAUGCAAAUGUUGAUGAAGUGGAGUUAAAACCAGAUACUUUAAUAAAACUGUAUCUUGGUUACAAAAACAAAAAAUUAAGGGUAAACAUCAAUGUGCCAAUGAAGACUGAACAAAAGCAAGAGCAAGAAACUACACACAAAAAUAUAGAGGAAGAUAGGAAACUACUGAUUCAGGCUGCUAUUGUGAGAAUCAUGAAAAUGAGGAAGGUUCUAAAACACCAGCAACUGCUUGGAGAAGUGCUAACACAGUUGUCUUCAAGGUUCAAGCCACGGGUUCCUGUAAUUAAGAAAUGCAUUGACAUCCUUAUUGAGAAGGAGUACUUGGAACGUGUAGAUGGUGAGAAGGACACCUACAGUUACUUGGCUUAGCAUUUUUAUUAGCAAUUAUCUGACUGUGUGAACACUCGGCAAGUAGGUAUGUGAUGGAAAGAACGAAAGUGACAGAACUUCAUAGCAGCCACCCUGCUGCCAUUUGGACCUCCCUUUUUAAUGUCUGAGACCAGGACUCCAUCAGCCAGUCUCAGAUUUACAUCAGAACUGCUCAGGAUUGAUACAUUUCAAGUAUGUAAAUAUGGACACCAAUGCCAUUUAACCUAAUUUAAGAACAGAAAGGAAUCAGACCCUUCUAAUUUAAGGGUUGCAUGCUACUGCAUUUAAAUCAAUACAUUGGCUAUAUGAUAAACAGCUGCCAUCACAGGCAGCACUUACACAUGUUGGCAGCACUUGGAGAGCGAGUCUGAAUGGACCCAUGUGUAAUCUGCUAUGAAAAACCAUUUGUAUAGUGUGUUUCAUUUUUUAAUGUGUGAUAAAUAAUAAAAAAAAAUUAAAAGA